AUGGAUCGUGUCAUUGGAUUAAUUGAUAUGGACUGUUUCUAUGCACAAGUUGAACAACGAGAGCAGCCUGAUUUGUGGGAUAAACCGGUAGUGGUUGUACAACAUGCAAGAGAAGGAGCUCCAGGAGGGGUCAUUGCGGUAAGCUACGAGGCGCGGAAAUUUGGUGUGAAGCGAGGAAUGAUGAUCCCUGAGGUAAAGGCCAAAUGUCCAGAGGUGAACGUGUGCUUCGUUCCUCAAGGAGAACAUAUUGAUAAAGCGGACAUUCAAAAGUAUCGGGUCAUUGCGGUAAGCUACGAGGCGCGGAAAUUUGGUGUGAAGCGAGGAAUGAUGAUCCCUGAGGUAAAGGCCAAAUGUCCAGAGGUGAACGUGUGCUUCGUUCCUCAAGGAGAACAUAUUGAUAAAGCGGACAUUCAAAAGUAUCGUCACACUGAACAAUGGAAACAUGUCCCAACUAUCCUUUCUAGUGACGCCAGCGCUGAGGUGUUCGACGUUUUGAAUGCAUUUGACGAACGAGUUGUGGUGGAACGUGCUUCAGUUGACGAAGCGUUCCUGGACCUUACUGAACUGGUUGACCAACAAGUAAUUGAAUGCGGAGCUGCAGAAUUGCUGCAGAAACUUACAGGUGACAUUUCCACUGCUCUUCCCACCACACAUCUAGCAGAUGGCUGCGAUAAAGGAGGCGAAGAGCCGUACGAUCGUGAGAAAAAUCUUCGGAAUUGGCUCAGUACACAAUGUGCUAAGGAAAUCAGUCAUCUCCGUUUGGCUAUCGCUGCCCAGAUAAUCGAGCAGAUGCGUGCGAACAUACGCGAAUACACCCAGUUCUUUUGCUCAGGAGGCAUAGCUAACAAUAAGAUGCUAGCGAAGUUGGUAUGUGCUCGUCAUAAACCUCGUCAACAAACAGUGCUGCCAUUCGAGUAUGUGCCAAUCAUUUUCGAAGAGACUCCCAUAGGAGAUGUGCGUAUGCUGGGAGGAAAACUCGGACACGCACUGCAGGAUCGCUUUGCUAUUGGCACUAUGGCAGAACUGGCAGCGAUUCCGCUGGAACUAAUUGAACGUCAUUUCGAAAGUCAGGCACAAUGGAUUCAUCAGCUGUCCAAAGGAUUUGAUGACGAACCGGUAUUGAAUUCUGUUACUUAA